AUGAAUGUUCAAGGAAAUUAUUUAAUUGUAAAAGCUUUUGAAUACACAUCUGCACUUUCUCUCAUGUUACUUGAUGCAUGGACAACACCUAUAGUUGCAGUUUUAUCACUUAUAUUCUUGAAAGCAACAUAUCGCUCAAGUCAAUAUUUGGGUAUUAUUAUUUGUAUGGUCGGUUUUGGAAUAGUGAUCUUGGGUGAUUUUGAUGUUGGUAAAAAUAUGAAUUUUGCUAAAGAUCCAAUCAAAGGCGAUAUAUUUGCCAUUAUUGCAGCAACUUGUUACGGUAUAUCGAAUGUAUUUGAAGAGAUUUGCGUAAAGGAAAGACCAUUGCAUGAGGUCAUUGGUCAACUGGGAUUUUGGGGUACAAUUAUUA